GUCGUCAUUGCCUGAGAGAUCGAACGGUGUCCCCGCUGAGGUUUCCUCCGAGGCCCUGGAUUCCGAAUUUCUAAAUAUGGGUUUACUGAGCACGCGCGAGGUUGUUCGGUGCCUCCGACCCUGAGCACCCGGCGACGGCGGGAAAGUCCGCGGUAUAAAAGGCGGCGGGCGCGUGUGCACAGUCCAGUAGCGGCCUGCAGUCCAGCGAGCACACACGUCCAUCUGCCUGCCAGCCCGCCGACCAUGACGACUUCCACUAAGGUGUGCGCAGUGUUGUUGCUCGUGGCGGCGGCUUGCCGGGCGGGAGUCCUGCACGGAGGAGCCGUCAGCUACGCCGCCGCUACGCACGGUCUGGGCCACGGCUACGCAGGUCUGGGCCACGCAGGCCUGGGCCACGGCUACGCAGGUCUGGGCUACGGCGGUCUGGGCUACGGCGGACACGGCCUGGCGCUGUCUCACGCCGCUCCUGCCAUCGACUACUACGCGCACCCCAAGUACGGGUUCGAGUACGGCGUGGCGGACCCGCACACGGGCGACGUGAAGAGCCAGUCGGAGCAGCGCGACGGGGAUGCAGUGGAGGGCCAGUACUCGCUCGUGGAGCCGGACGGGAGCACGCGGCUGGUGCAGUACCGCGCCGACGACCACAGCGGCUUCCAGGCCGUCGUCAGCAGGAUCCCCCACCACGGCUACCACUGAGACUACCCGCCUGCCACCCGCCCGGCCUAGCCACCGAGACCACCUGCUGCCGACCUGGCCACGUCUUGUAUAUCUCACUGUUAACCAUCACAAAUAAACAUUAUAUAUAUAUUUUUUUCCCAGUA